AUCUUCCAUUCGAGCAAGUGCGUAAUGAAAAUGUUAGGUCAAAUAGUGCGAAUUCUUCUGAGGCAUCAUCCUCUUCAAUCUCACCUAAACGGCCCAAAGGGAAAUCAAGUUCUGAGCAACAACCAUUGGAAAAGGCU